AAUAAAUAUUUGGAUUCCGGCUGGCUCCCACCCAUUCAGUUACGAGUUACUCAUCUCUUUCUCUCUCCUCCCUCUGUGUCUUUCUUAAGGAAGUGUUAGGGUUUGCUGAAAUCAGCAGGGCAGAGAGGACAGAUAGAGGAGACGGGGACGGAGAAGACGAUGGCUACAGCAGAACCCUAGUUCUGUACCGACGGGAGCUCAUUAUUACUGAGGGAUUCCUCGGACUCUGUUAUUAGGGUUUCAUGUUAUUCGAAGCUUUCAUGUCUUGCAAAUGGACACUGCCUCUAUCUUCCCUGGAGAUCUCUCAUCUCCUUCUAUUUUAGUUGCCGCAGCCAUCACCGGUAUUUGUUGUCUUUUCGCCCUUCUCGCCAUUCGAUUGUCCCCGCGCAAGUCUAGUUCAAUUAAAUCAGACGGCUGUGGUGCUUGUGGCUGCAGCUGUUCCUGCACCGGCGGCGGCGUAAAUUUGAAUUUGGCGCCGGCUGCUGCCCCACACUUGAACGGCACUACUGCGGGAGAUAUGGUGGAGAGGAAGCCGGUGGUUCCAGAGAGGCAGACGGGCGCUUCGAUGAUGGAACAGUUGGUACCGGAAAUCACGACGCACGCGCUAAGUUACUUGGAUUAUCCGAGCCUGUGCCGACUCUCGAUGACCAAUUCUUUGAUGCGCAAGGCUGCAAACGAUGAUAACGCUUGGAAGGCGCUCUAUCACAAGGAUUUCACAUUGGAACAGGAUAGCAUAAGACCAGUAAAUGGAUGGAAGGCUUACUAUGCUGCCACAAGGGCUGUUGUGAAUAUCAAUUCAGAAUUCUUCAGUGUCAUUAGAGAUAGAUCGCUUAGCGCAAUGAGCCGUCUUUGGCUUAACGCAGAUUACGUGAAGUGUGUCCAUGCCUCGGGAGAGUUAUUCACAGGGUUUAGUCCAGUAAUGGAGAGCUGGCAGAUGGCAUUCAACUGGGAUCAAGGGGUUGUUGACUUCCAGGUUCGUGACAUUCGGGCUCGGGUGCUAACGGACAUGGCUUGGGUUACAAUGAAAGCGUACGUAGACAUGGAGACUGGCCCAUUUAACAUGACUAAUGUCUUCGAGUUCCAUAACGGGCGGUGGUACAUGGUACAUCACCACAGCUCUCUUAUGGUCGCCGAGGUGGGGCAGCAUAUCAUGCAUGGUUAAAAGGGUAGGAGGAGAAGAAAGGAAGUUACAACAUCGGUGAUGAUAAUUCUCACCAAAAGAUAUAGCGUUACUUUGUUCUUUGGAGUGCUUAGGCUCCAAAAAUGUUUCUUUAAUUUCUUUGGAAGAUCAUUGUAAUUUUUGUGACCUCAGUUUUGGCUUUUUUUUGUGGUGAAGCCUCCCCUCUUUCGGGCUCUCUCUCUCUCUCUCUCUCUCUCUCUCUCUCCAUAUAUAUCCAAGAAUGUAGUAAAGAGGUCAAAAUCGUCAUUCCUGGACAGAUCUAAGUAUAUCAAAGUUCAAGUGUCAUCAUGUGGCGUAAAUCCUUAAUCAAUGAUGCAUUGAUGGUCCAGCAAUGGCCGUUCCCAGGAA